CCAGCUCCAGCUCAGGUGCCAAGAGCAGCUGAGUCAGAGAAGCUGAUAAGACAUACUGCAAUAGAGAAUCAAAGCACACGAGUCGUGUCGACAUGGCGAGGCACCUGGCCGGCCUGUUUGGGCUCCUAGUUGUCGCGGCGCUGUGCUUGCUAGGCUGCAACACGGCACGAGCCCAGGUCCUCUUCCAGGGGUUCAACUGGGAGUCGUGCAAGAAGCAAGGCGGUUGGUACAAGUUCCUGCAGGAGCGGGUGGACGACAUCGCCAACGCCGGCGUCACGCACGUCUGGCUGCCGCCGCCCUCGCACUCCGUCGCGCCGCAAGGCUACAUGCCGGGGCGGCUCUACGACCUGAACGCGUCCAGGUACGGCACCGAGGCGGAGCUGCGGUCACUGAUCGCCGCGUUCCGGGCCAAGGGCAUCCAGCCCAUCGCCGACAUCGUCAUCAACCACCGGUGCGCCGACAAGAAAGACGACCGCGGCGUCUACUGCGUCUUCGAGGGCGGCGCCGCCGACGGCCGCCUGAAUUGGAACGCGGACAUGAUCUGCAGCGACGACACACAGUUCUCCAACGGGCGUGGCCACCGCGACACCGGCGCGGACUUCGGUGCGGCGCCCGACAUCGACCACCUCAACCCGCGCGUGCAGCAGGAGCUCUCCGGUUGGCUCAACUGGCUCAAAUCCGACCUCGGGUUCAGCGGCUGGCGCCUCGACUUCGCCAAGGGCUACUCCUCGGCCGUCGCCAAGGCAUACGUCGACAACGCCAAGCCGACCUUCGUCGUGGCCGAGAUAUGGACCUCCCUCAGCUACGACGGCGACGGCAAGCCGUCGCACAACCAGGACGGGGAUCGGCAGGAGCUGGUGGACUGGGCGAAGGCCGUGGGCGGCCCGGCCACGGCGUUCGACUUCACCACCAAGGGGGUGUUGCAGGCGGCAGUGCAGGGUGAGCUGUGGCGGAUGCGCGACGGGAACGGCAAGGCGCCGGGCAUGGUCGGGUGGCUGCCGGAGAAGGCGGUCACGUUCAUCGACAACCACGACACGGGAUCAACCCAGAACUCGUGGCCGUUCCCGCGCGACAAGGUUAUGCAGGGAUACGCCUACAUUCUCACUCAUCCUGGAGUCCCAUGCAUCGUGAUUCUACGACCACGUGUUCGACUGGAACCUGAAGGAGGAGAUCAGCGCACUUGCUGCGAUCAGGAAGAGAAACGGGAUCCAUCCGGGGAGCAAGCUGAACAUCCUAAAAGCGGAGAACGAUGUCUACGUAGCCAUGAUGGACAACAAAGUUAUCACGAAGCUUGGGCCGAAGGAUGAUUUGGGCAAUCUGAUUCCGUCGGAUUUCCGUGUCGCGGCACAUGGCGGCGGCUACUGUGUUUGGGAGAAAAGUGGUCUCCGAGUUCCAGCAGGACGGUAUCGCUAGGAAACGGAGCUUCAGAAGGGCGGUUUGUGCCUGAGCUUCAUGUCAACUUUCUGUCUUGUCAACGCCGAAAUGUAGCAAUUUACUGCGCGUACUGCUACUUGCUACAUGUAGUAGGACCAUGUUCU